AUGGAUGAUGUGCCAUCCAUUCACGCUCUCUUUCCUCCUAUAUUGGCGACACUCGUCAUUGUGGUCUCUACUGACGAUCCGGCCCUAUCAGCGGUGUCCAUCGAUGGCCUCGCCCGUCCCAAAUGUGGUCUGUGUGUCAUAUCUGCCAUCUGGGAAGCCACACCAUUAGAGUAUUGGAGUCUUCUGUCAAAGCGCCCUGUUCCUACCUUUAAAAACCAGUGUUUUCCUUCUUGUCUUGAGAAUUUGCUUGAAAAGUCAGUUUUUACUUGCAUUCGCUCUGCUUUCUGUCGUAUUCGUGUCCAUAGAUCUCUUAAGUUCAGAAUUUGUCAAGCUCCCUCUGCCAUGCCUCCCAAAAAAACAUCUUCCACCAAAAAGUGCGCUAACCCGCGGAUGGCAACUCCAGUCGUCGACUUCGUGAUGCGUACCCACAGUGGUGUGCCUAUCAACCAACGCAUGCUUCAGACUAAAAUGACACUACCACCCGCCAAAAAAAUCAAACCUACCCCCUUGCCGAGGGGGAACUCGUUUAUGAGCUUCGAUGACUACAGCGCCAUCCUUGCCCGGCACGCGAAAUCCUCCAUUGCUACCACAGAGCCGCCCACUGACACUGAGUCUGAUACCCAAGACCACCCCAAGACUGAUGACCCUGUCACAGACGAUGAGGACAACAGUGAAGGACAAGCGGAUACUCACAAGGGCAAUCUUGUAGAUGAUCCCAAAAUUCAUGAAUCUUCACCCCCCUCUGAUACUCCAGAGGAUGAAGAUUCUUCCUUGAAUGGCGCCCCUUCCUCAGAGAACAACUACCCGUACCAAAAUCGAGAAGCGAGGAGACAGGCUGAACACCGUGCAAUGCUUGCUCAGCAUGAUCCUUCCUCUUCGGAAGAGGGGUCUGACAAAGAUGAUGAAUACACAGAAGAUCAAGAUGCCGACAAAGAGAAAGAAGAAGAUGAUGAUGACAAUGACAAUGAGAUACCCGCACCUCCAUCAAAGGCGAAAUUGCUCAAGAAGCGCAUGCCUCCAAAAGCUCUCCCCCCAAAAUUCACAGUAACAGAGACUCCCCCAUCCACCCAGAUACUCCAGGCUGCCGCGCAUGUGACGACGAAGUCGGUUGAGAAGAGUGCUGUCUCCAGUGCUCUGCCAAAAAGCUCCAUGGCAAUGGAGACUGAUGACGACAACGACCUUCCCAUCACUUCUAGACCUGGGCGGCUGUGCCAGGAAGGCAUAGACGAUGCGCAGGAGCUCAGGCGCAAGACACUUCAUGCUGCCAAGAUAAUUGGUGACAAAUAUGGAAAAUCUGCACAUACAAUACUCAUCGAGGCUGGGUUGUCUGUGAAACACUCCAGGGUGGAGACCCCAUGGAACAUGCACCAAGGAUGGUAUAAAGGAAAAUAUCCUCGAGAAACCGAUGAAGAACUUGGUGAUUGGAGAAAGAGACAGCGUGACCACUACUACAGCCUUCAAGACAGCGACCCGCUGUGGGGUGACAUACAAGCGCACUAUGAUUGUCACUUGGGCGGUGCUAGCAACAAUCGAUCACGUGCCAGUAUUGUUAUGUCUACAAGGGACGCACUCGCUAAGCGUGGAUCUGCAUGGGUGAACCUGCGGGUGUCGGCAGGUCAACCUCCACCCGCACCCCGAGAAAAACCCACACCCGCGGCAAGGGUACGGGUUGCACAGUGGGUAGUGAAAGAAGGACCCGGGGUACAACCCAUCAAGGGUGUACCCGCGGGUAACAAAUACUAUGGGGAAAAACUACGACAUGGUGUAGUAAACUACUCAACAAUAAUUUGA